UCUCAGCAGCCCCCAGCUGCUCUGCAAGGCUCCAGACUCUGAGCUCCCUGGGCCCUGGGAGGUGAUAACCGCGAAAAGGGGGCUAACAGUCUUUUCAGCGGGGGCUUCGGAUGAUGUCAUAUCCUCAAAUACCAAAUGAGCUCGUCUGCAACCAGCUAAGGGACGUUUCCUCACCCACCACGCCCGCCCUGUUCCUGGGCCCCUCCCCUAGCGCCCUAGCUUGACCUAAGCUGCUGGUGGGAGCACACCAUGGCCUCACGGGUGGCCUGCUUUCUGUCGCUGACCCUGCUGCUGGACGUUGUUGCUGAGCUCCAAGGUUUGGAACAGUUCCAAAUGUCGCCUAAGAAGGUGGUCACCCAACUUGGCAAUAAGGUGGAGCUGUCAUGCCAGGUGCUGUUGACCAUUUCGCAAGGAUGCUCUUGGAUCUUCCAGAAGGAGGGCUCCGGAGUUAAGCCCACCUUCCUCAUCUAUCUCUCUUCGACCCGGGAAACACGCAACAGGGACUUGCAUUCAAUUCGGGUCUCUGGCAAGAAGAACGGUGACAAGUACACCCUGACCCUGGAGAAUUUCAGCAAGGAAUUUGAAGGCUACUAUUUCUGCUCUGUCACAGGAAACUCGGUGGUGUACUUCAGUCCUCUUGUACCAGUCUUUCUGCCAGAGAAGCCCACCACGCCAGUGCCGCGACCCCCCACACCAGUGGCCACUACUGGGACAUCCAGGUCCCUGCGACCAGAAGCUUGCCGGCCCGGGGCGGGCGCCUCAGUGGAGAAGGGAGGAUUGGACUUCGACUGUAAUAUCUUCAUCUGGGCACCCUUAGCCGGAAUCUGCGGGUUCCUUCUGCUGUCCCUGAUCAUCACUCUCAUCUGCUUCCACAGGAACCGAAGGCGAGUUUGCAAAUGUCCCAGGCCCAAGGUCAGACAAGGAGGCAAGCCCAGCCCUUCAGAGAAAUUUGUGUAAGAUGGCCGGGAGGCCACGCCUACUCCAUGACUUCAGAGACCUCUUCAUGCAAGAGAUCAAGCCCUCCUGUUUCAGUAUUUCUCACCUUCUAUAUAUUGUUCUCUGUAUUGUUGUAGUGGG